GCAAGCAACCAACCAAGCAAGCAGAGGACCAAAACAAGAGUCCUGUGGGAUCGGUUGGCGGGCUCGGGGAGAGUCCAAGCAGCAGCGGCGGGUGCUGGGGAAAACAACAACAACAACACCCAGCACACUGGGAUGUCAAGACUUUCUUACUGCAAAGCUACCGGACUUCGGGGGCGAGGAAAGGACGCCAGCGGGCUCCCCUGUUGAGAAACGGAAGCGAAAUCUGGGGGUGUUGUUGUGUGUGGUAGGCUGCCGUGUGUGACUGAAUUAAGAUCAAGACUUCCUUCUUUUCCACGUAUGUCGCCCGCCCUUUUCUUUCUUUUUUAAAAGAGAACAACCGAACCUCUCAACCGUGACCAGGAUUCGGUUUAUCAAAGCAUAAAUACCGCAGCUAAUCCCAACUACUGGCAGCAUCUUGCUGUUUAGAAGCAAGUCGACAGGCAGCUUUAAGAUUUGAAGGGGCCUUUUUUUCCGUAGUGGUGGUGAAAGAGGACUUUCUCAAGAGGGGUUUCUUCUUCUUCUUGGAUGGACGGAUAGAGGUGCCUCGAUCAAGCCACUUCCCCGGUGUAUGCCAGUGAGUGAAAAACUGGAAGUGCUGAAUGGGUUAAUCCAGAUGGCCAGACACAAGGAAGAACUGCUUACUGACCACUGAUUACUGUUUCCCCAAGACACUUUUGCUUGGCCUGGUUUGGCCACCCUAUUGACUGAAGCGGGAAGCUCAGAAUUCCUGGCGAGUUCGCCCCACCCCUCACCACCUUCUUGUCCAUUGGAGAAGUGAAUGAGAGCCUGGGGUUUCUCCAACGGGAUCAGAAUUGUACCCUCCCCCUCUUCCAAUUUCCGCUUAGAGUUUGAUGGCUCUCCAUUUGCUUCUAUGUGAUCAUUGAAGGCAGUCACGGUCCCUUUGUGGUACCUGCCCAAGAACGGAGGUUCCUCUUGGUGGUGCCAGGUCAAAGGGCAUUUGCCGCCUCAUGAAGACGAUACCCAUGGUGUUUCUGUGAAGCUACGGUAUGGCUGCUGGAAGGUUAUUGCUCUAUGCUGGCCUCUCGUUAGCGUUAUGUGCUUUAGGCAUGCUAGCCGUGGCCAUCUGCUCGGACCAUUGGUAUGAAACAGAUGCCAGGAAGCACAGGGAGCGGUGCAAAAGCUUCACCACCCGGAGGAAUGACCCGGGCUUCAUUUACAAUUCAAACAAUAACCUGCCCCUCCGGGCCAGCCGGUCAAAGCUGGACCGAUGGGAAGGGAAGCUGCUUUUGGCCAGAAACCGGAGACAGCUCUUUGCCAUGAGUGCCGUGGAUGAGUGCAAUCGACAGUACAACUCAACUAACAUGGGGCUGUGGAGGAAAUGCCACCGGAUGGGCUUUGACCAAGAUGUGGAUGAGCUCAUUGCUAAAGGAGCCAUUGACCAGUGUUCCUACAUCAAGUACCACUACUCUUCAGCAACAAUUCCCAAGAAUCUCACCUAUAAUAUUACUAAGACCAUCCGCCAGGAUGAGUGGCAUGCCUUGCACCUGCGCAGAAUGACAGCUGGUUUCAUGGGCAUGGCUGUAGCCAUCAUCCUCUUUGGAUGGAUUAUCGGGGUGCUGGGUUGCUGCUGGGAUCGAGGCCUUAUGCAAUAUGUGGCAGGACUACUCUUCCUCAUGGGAGGAACCUUCUGCAUCAUUUCACUGUGCACAUGUGUGGCUGGAAUCAACUUUGAGCUGUCCCGAUACCCUCGAUACCUGUACGGACUUCCCGAUGACAUCAGCCACGGCUACGGCUGGUCCAUGUUUUGUGCUUGGGGGGGCCUGGGGCUCACUUUGAUCUCCGGCUUCUUCUGCACCUUGGCCCCCUCUGUUCAACCUGUCCCCAGGACCAACUGCCCUAAAUCGAGACCUGAAAAUGGGACAGUGUGCUAAAACAAAUGCAAACAAACCUAUAAAUAUACAUAUUAUAAAUAUAUAUAUAUAAAUAUAUACAUAAAACAUAUAUUAUAUAUAGAUCUCAAACAGAUGCCAGUGCCAAGGUAGAGUGGAGUCCAACGUGGCGCCUACAUCUUCUCUACAGACUUUGUUAUUGCUCUUGUUCUUUCUCCUGGAGGUGGGAAUAGCUUUGCUGCAACACCGCUCUUCCAUCUAGUUCUUUAAAAAUUUUCAGCAUCCCAGUUCAAAAAGUCAAGUGAACAUAUUGUUGCGUCUGUCUACUGCCAGUUGUGGGGGAGGGAACGUGCUAGGGAUGGGGAAAAGGGAAGUAUUUUGGUGUAUGUGGUACCGAGUCUGUACAGGAAGCUGAAACAAAAAAACACAACCUUGUCUGCUACAAAUCGGGGAAAUACAAAACGAAAAAUAAAACAGUUGAGUUACCUCUCUAAAAUGUAGCCUCUUCAGCACCAUCUUCAGAAACCCUCCUCCUAAUACUCUCUCAUAAAAACAACACACAAAUCAUUUCCUGUUAUUUUGAGUUGCCAACAAAAGGGAAUAGAACAUCAAGAAAAGUGUCCCUUUAUUUGCUAAACUUUAAGUGGGUGGAAUCAAGAAUCCCAUGGAAUAAAACUGAAAAUGAGGACACUUUAAGGGAUGCUGUUUUUGAACUUCCAUCUGCCUUACUGAGGAGGCUGAACUGCUGACAGAAAUGCAGAAGAGAGCCUUGCUGAAAUGCUGUGAUAUAUGUGUCUAUAACCUCUCCUUCCUUCUUCCCCUUGUUUAUUUUUUUGAAGAAAAGAAAUUCAAAUAUUACUGUGUGAUCAUCCACCAGACCAUCUCCACAGUGUUUGUGACUGAAGGCAUCAAGACUUGCAGGAUAUCUGAGGAAAAGUUUUUGUUCUGAGACAGCAAGUCUCAUUGGCUAGAUUUUGGUCUGCACAGGUGGUUUCUCUCCCCACAAGAAUCAGCAGGAAAUGGCACAUCUUAGGUACAAAGCAUUGUGGGAUUGAGGGGCGAUGGCCUUUCUGGCUAGUUGAUGAUGCAGAAGGAGUUUGGGCGGAGGGUUUUGUUGUUACUGUUACUGCUACUGUCAUUUUAUUAACUGUAGACAAGGGGUUAAAAGCCAUUGCAGAGAACUGGGGAGCUCUGAAUUGAGUGUCACUGAUGAGGACAAGACACGGUGCCUCUUGUUACAUCCAUGUACACCAGAAUAAGACAUCUUAUACUUGUCAUCAGAAGUUGCUCUUUAUCCUCAGUUUUUCUCCCUGUGUUUGAGAGAAAACAUCUCCAUACACAUGGAGCAGAAGGAGAUAGAGGCAAAAAAUUGAAAAUCCAUUUCCCGUAAAUUCAGUCUUUAUAUGGCAUGGUUGUGGCUGAUUCAACAACUGAAACUAUCUCUUCCUCUUUCUUUCUCACCUACCUUUUUUUUCUUUCUCUCUUUUAAUUCUCGCUUCCUCCCUACUUCUCUCUAUACCUAACCCUCCCAAUCCAUACUAUUCAUGCCAAAGAUUCUGGGACAGAUAAUAGUGGGGAUCCAUUCUUGGGAUGGAUUUGUUUUUUUUUAAAAAAAGGGAGUAUACAUAAAGACUCAUUUUACUAUUCCUGUUCACCUAAAGUAGAAGGAACAGUAGAACGUCUGCCAAUUUAAAAAUAAAUAAUGAUAGCAAUGAGAUGUGGUGUAUAUACCAGAAUUUUCCAAGUAUUUUGAAUCUGUUAAGAAAUAUGGUGUCAUCCCUCUGAUGUCAACGUCCUCUAGUCCUACCUAGACAUGCAGAUAAAUCAUGCAGUACACAGUUUGUGGGACUAUUCUAGUCUAGUGGCAAGUGGGGAAAGUGUCCAGUUUCUCCCUCACAUCAAAACCACUUUUGGAGAUCCAUCAGAGUUUAUCUCUGUUUUGUCCUGUAUUUUUCAACAAUAAGAAAUUCUAGUCAUCUGCCUCAGCCCAUCCAUCAAAGAAAACAGAAUUAUAGAAACGGCUUGGCAAUAGGUCCCUUUGAACACAAUUUUGCUACAUCCUGACCUGCUUGUCACAAGGCCUCCUCCAGCCGUAAUAACUUCAGAGAAGAGUCAUAAGAAGCUGGAUUUAAAGUGUAAAGCUGCACUUUCAUCAGACAGAUGUUGUGUUGGCAAUAGGGGGUGUUGGAAGCCUUGACAACAAGAUGUGAGAUUUAGAAUGUCUUCCAUUUGGCUGAGCUGAAUUAUUUAUCAUUCUUGGGAGCCAAAAGGGAGUUCAAACACCUAAUUUGAACCACUACUAUUACAGAAUUUGAACCACUACUUUUACAGAACAAUUUCCAUCACUUUAGUGUCUUUCCUUAUGGAUUUGUCAUUGGAUCAUCUACAAAUUUUCCGCUGUUUCUUCUGAUACGAAUAGUAAAAAGCAAGGGACUUUGAGGGUUUCUCUUGCCCCAGUGGCUUAAAUUGCCAUAUUAUAAAGAAUCUAAAUGUAGUAUCUCGUAUCUGGUGUGUGUGUGUGUGUGUGUGUGUGUGUGUGUGUAGUGUGUGCAUACAUACAGCCUAUACACAGAGUUUGAUUUUGCAGUCUAGACCAUCCUGCAAAACCCUGUGCUUAUAAAACAACAGUGCUCAUUCACAGAGGCAGCAAAACGAAUCCUUGAUUUCCAUCUAGCGAAAUCAAUACCUUUUUGUCUAACUAUAUUGGUGCAAUUACACCAUAGCUACAUUUAUGCAUCAAAGUAGAUGUCUUUGGCCUGAGACCAGGUAUAUAUCUGACCCACCCCUCAUUUACUCCAAUUGAAACCUCAUAAAAUCUACAGACUUCAAGGAGUUAAUAUAGAGCUUGCCUGAAUCAUUUUCACUGUACAGUUCCCGCACGUCACACACACACACUGAUGACGCAGUUUUGUUUUCCUUCUAUUGUUGAUCUUGUUCUUAUUUGCACCCUUCCACUUUAAAGCAAGACACACAAGGAAGAUAACAAUCCACAUCUUCAAAGCAAUCCAUACAUGUAAUUAAGUAAAUCAAAUGUAAGAUAAAACCAAUAGGACCUAGCAAUGCAAUCUUCUUAAACUCCUACAAAGCCUUUGUUCUUACUCUUUGGAUCCUGGCCCUCCCCUAGGUCACAGUUAAAAUAGGCUGCUCAUUCCCAGUUGUUUGUGAUGUCCAGGAGUGGUGAAUUCUGUAACGUAGAAAAUAACCAUGGCUAUAGAUGCACAUACACAGAGACAAACGAACACAAAGAAGACGAGCAUAAUGUACAAUGUAUUGGGAUCAUCUUGAGUAUCAUUCUUUGGCUGGUUAUUCAAAAUGCUAAUAUUAUUAGAAGAAAUUGCUGGAACGAAGCAGGAAACCCCCUCAAAGAAAAAAAAAUAAGUAGCCAACCCCCUUGCUUCAUUGUUGCCUUCAAUUUUUGACUUGUAAAUCUGUCACAAGCAACAGAAAAACUUGAAAGCUUCAUUAUCAUCUUACUGAUGUGCCAUAGCAAAUAGGCCUUGUCUGCUGUGCUCAUAGCAUAGGGGCAUGUAGGUAUGUCAACAUCCCUAUUCUGAAAGAAGUUCUGGGAUUGUCCUUCCCUGUUGGCCUACUUCACUAUAUCAGUGCAUGAUAUAUAGCUAUCCCUGUCCCUUCCAUUUAGUUUGAAGCAGCCCCCAUACACACACCUAAUUAUUUGCAUCAGGAUAGCUUCUAUUCUUCCUGGAAACCCCUCCCCACUCCAUGAAGUGUGAGCAACAAGAUGCAAAUUCCUUUGCACUACUUGCGUGCUUUCCGAAAAGGAUUGCACUAGGUCUCCAACCAGUAUUGUACUCUGCUAAAGGCCACCAUGAUAAGAUACCAACUGACCAAUUCAAUGGGAGUCUUCCAAGUUAAUUGGAAUGUUGCAAUGAUGACCCUAGCUCAAAACAGUAUAUGUGUGUAUUUAUCUGUAUAUAGAUGUACAUAUGUAAAUUAGCAAAGAAUGCCAAUAGAUUUUGUGGUUCCUUAGAAUAGUCUGAAACUGAUGCACAAAUGUAAUGCUGCUAUUUGGCUAAUAUGUUUUGUAAGAUGGAUUUCCUGUUGAUCUAUUGGGGAAAUAUUCCAGAAAGUCAAAAUGACCACCUUCUCUGCCUCAUUUAAGAUGCUGAGUGCAAGAAGGGGCAAAUCACCUUGGGGUGAAAAAGCAAACUCCCAGACCUUUACUCUAUUACAACCCUGGGAUCAUCUGAUGAGCCUGACACUGCAGAGUGUAGUGAGCUGAAGAUUUGUACCCUAAAACUGAGAUCUUCACCGCAGACUUUCUCAGUGAUGAUGUCAGUUUUUCCAUCAUGUUUUAUAAUAAUUUCAGAACUGCAGAGAUAGAAGGGGCCCCUACAGAU